AUGGCAUCCAAAAUCAACCUCGCCAUCCAGCGACUCGCUAUGCCCAUAUCCAAGGCCGCGAUCACCCCAGCUACCAGACUCGGCACCCAGCAGCCACCCCUACACAAGAGACUCACCCCCUCCGAGUACCGCUGCUCCACAAGGAGAGCCCUCGAGGAACGCAAGACGCUCACCAAACCAAAGUCAAGCGCCUUCACCUGGCCUCUUUGGGCGAGCGGAAAGGCAACCGUCAGAUCUGGGCUCCUCAAUAGAACUAUUCCCCUGAGAAGAGUCAAGGCUCCCAAUCCAAGCGCCCACAAAGUCAACAAGACGGAGCCGAUGCAGAGCGCAAUCAUCCCCGCAUCUCCUAUAAAGAUGUCCACCCUCAAGAACAAGAUCUCCAGCGGCUAUAACGGAACUAUCAAAAUGGCAAAGAAAGUAAACGCCUUCCCCGUCAUAUGGAAAGUCGCCGGCCUGACGAGCCUCGCCUCCCUCGGCACCUACGGCGCCAUCGGGCAAUACCAGGCCAUGUUAGAAGCAGAAGCCAGAAAGAAGAGAAUUGCGGAGGAAGACGAGGCUUGGAGGAGAUACAAACAGGAACUGUGGGAGCAAGAGCAAUCCAUAUCGCCUGGCUCGGGCGUACUCGACGAUGGAUCGUAUCCCUUUGCUUUGUUUUACCACUAG